CGAAGAAAUACCGAUUUUGCUACGACCUGGGGAUGCGCUUCUCGGAAACGAGUUAUACGCAACAAAAUACCUGCACUAUUGGCAGCUCCAAAUAUCUAUAACAUGCCACCACAAACGAGAGCCACACGGACAAAUGCUCCCGCUGGCAGGGUCUACGAAUCGCCACGCCUACCACCAACGCAAGUCAAAUUCCAGCCACGGCGACAGAAAGUCUAUGGACGGCACAACUUGGGGGACGUGAAGCGGAAGAAACAGGAGACGUUGACGCAGAUUGGAUUUGUCAACCCGUUGACCGAUAAGGAGAUCGACGAGGAGAUUGAGGCAUACGAGAGGGAGGAGAAGAUCCGGAACAAGAGGAGGAAGACGUUGACGCCUUCGUCGAAGUUUUAUACGCAGACGCUUACGCAGCUCGAUUUUGAUUCUACGCCGAAAGUCGAGUGUAGGGAUACCGAGGAUGAGGAUGAAGAUGAGGGGGAGGAGGAGCAGGAGCAGAAGGGAGAGAAGGAGCAAGUGCAACAGGAGGCUGAUACGGAAGUCGACGGGCGAACAGAACAUGUAUCCGAGUCGCCCGUCCCCCGACGGCGACGAUCACAGCGAGGAGGCAUAAUCACAGUCCGCUGCAUCAAAGUGGAACCCACCACCUCUCCCUCACCAUCACCACAAAGACCGACCAUCCCACCGCCCGCCUCCUCGCCAGAAACAACCACAAAACCCUCAAUCUCCCAAGCCACAACCUCCAUGCCCCCUCCCAAAACCCCAACCCGAAAACGCACCCUCGAAGUUCCCUCCUCCCUCUCCCCCGCCACCCCGCUCUCCUCACAGAGCAUCUCCCACGGACUACGGACACACGACCAGCGAUCCCCCCUCAAACCUCGCAGCGGAAACUUCAACCGGCUCACCUCGCCUCGCCUCCCCUCAUCACAAAGCAAGUUGUCGCUCCCUCACCAAUCCCAAAUCUCUACACAAGCAAUCACGCAAGACUCACCACUCUCCCGCGUCCCGGACUCCAGUCCAUUUCGCCCACGACAGAUGACGCAGUCAACGCAGUCACCUACAGCACAGGUCUUGUCUGAGUUUACAGCCGCUUCAACGCCGACGCCCUCGCCGCCGCGUAGGGUCGCGAAGACGGAGAUUGCAGACUCAGACGCUGAUUCUGAUGCCGAUUUAGAUGACGAGGACGAUGAGGAAGAGGAUGACGACUGUCUCGCCCCCCUACCGCCUCGCCCACAAACACAACCACAACUACAACCACAACCACCCGUCCAAGUCCCAAGCAGCCCCGACGCGCCACCACCGCGGCGCAGAUGGGCAGUGUCGAGUAGUAGUCCCCCCCCGCGGCCGGCUCUGGCGGUGAAAGAGACGGUGUUUGGGGAGGAGGAGGAUGAGCUGGGGAGUCAGUGGACGAGGAGCCAGUUGUUGCCGGGGAGCUUGGGGAUGGAUAGUUUGCUUGCUUUGCCGCCUGGGUGGGGGGAGGGGGAGGGGGAGGGGGGUUGGGAGGAGUGA